AUCUAAUCAAAACGGCGACAGAGACAUCUCCUCGACCUUUACCUGUUUUCGAGUCCCCCCUCUCUCUCUCUCUCUCUCAUUUCCUUCUUCCUCGUAACCCUAAACCCUAAAAAAAAAUAAUAUUAAAUAUACAUACAUUUCGAGCUAUCCACAGAUUGAAUCCAACAGUUUCAUUCAACUCCGAGACUCGAAUUUCAAUGAAUUCCUUACAUUUUUCUUCCCAAUCUUUGUCCAUUCUAAGCUUGUAUUAAACCCCAUCUUCAAUCUUUAAUAUAUAUAUAUAUAUAUAUGUUUGUUUAUUUAUUUAUUUAUUUUUUUCAGUUACAGUUUGAUUUUGUAAACAUUACUCUUAAAUUGGCCAAUAUUUAAAGCGAAUUGCGGUGGAAAUGGCGUCGAGUUUCCGCCAAUGGGAAUCGGACCCGCUGUUUUCUGCCGCCGAGGUCGUUCAAGACUCAGCCGACAGGAUGGAAUCGCUUUUUCGUCUUUUAUUGCAUGAGCAAAGUCUUGUUCAAGAAGACCAUCCAGAUGCGAAGCUGCUCAAGUCAAUAGUGUAUCAUAAGCGUGAUCUUGCAACUACACUGGAGACAGCAAAAUGGCAGUUGGAAGAUUUUGAAAGAGAGGUAAAUCUGUCAGCUACGUUGGACAAGUCUCACACAAGGGAAAAUGUGAUUUCCAGACACAGGCAGUUUAUCGGAGCCAUUAGUGAACAAAUACUUAAUGUGGAAAAAAGCUUGGUGGACACACCAGUGGGUGAUUUAUUGAAAAGCACCAAGUGGGUGAACUUGGAUGAACAAGACCGGUUGGCAUUGUUUCUUUCAGGAGAAAAUCCAAAAGAACAAGUUACACACCAUGACUUGGAAGAUAGUAAUAUCUUGAGAAGAUUUCUUGAUCCAACAACAGCAUGCAGUUCAAAUGAUGAGAUUGUUGAACACAAGACAUGUGAGAACUUAAAUAUGAAUGGGUUUGUGCAUUUAGACCACAACAUUGAUUUAAUGGAGAAUAAAUUAAGGAAGGUGGGCUCCCAUUAUUCCACACAAACAAGUGUUGAAGAACCACCUUCUCUUCAAGAGGCUGCUUCUAAUAGACAUGGUGAAGAUGGGAGUUGGGAUCUGGAGGCUAAUGAGGCCACUGGCAAAAGCUUCUUCCACAAUAACAAGUUGAGAGGGUACUACAGCCGAAUGAACGUCUUUGGGUCAUUGGGUACUUUAUGGUUCACAUAUGGGAACAGGGCCAGGAGGAGUUUUACUAAGAGAUGGAAAGAUGGAGAAGAACAAAGUCAUUCUCCAUCGUACAUUAAUAUUUCUCAUGCUGCACAGGGUAAUUGUAGACAAAUGAGCUUAACUUCUCAAUACAGCCGUUUUAGAGGAUUGUAUUCAGAGUUAUUUGCAAGUGUUGUGCACUCCUGUCCCUGGCUUGGCGAAUUUAGGGCGAGAUAUCGAAGAUUCCCUUAUUUUGUUCAAGUUAGUCGGUAUUCCGUGCAAUUGAUAUCAGCAAUAAUUGCUGCUCUGGUAGUUUUAGGUAUCUUGGCAUCCCGAGUUGCUUGAGCAAUCUACUUUUGGAAAUGUGUGGUCGCUGCAUGGACAACCCAUCUUGUAUGUGUUUUAGGGUCUGCUUAUUUGUUUGUCACAAUUAUGCACUUGUGGGCAUCAGUUAAUCAACCAUGAUGCACAUCUUGUUUUGCCAUUUGUUGUAUGUUAUGAUCACAACCAUUUCUUCCAGCACAGCAAUUGCGUGGAAACAUCAAAUGAUGACUGUUUAGCGAGCAAGUUGCUCAGUAUGCAACCCAAAAAAAAAAAAAAAACAUGUCAAUUGCAGUGUUUAUCGGGUUGUUAGUUAUGGUUUGCAAUCUAGUUAGUAACCUAUCCCGCGUUUGGUUCAAAUUUUGUGACCCAGAUAACUUGUCCCAGAGACCCUUUUAUUUUGCAUAUGCUUGAUUAUUUUGUUUCAGGAA